AUGGCCUGAAAGGUGCUUUCCCCACUGCCCCCGCUGCUGCUGGCUGCGGCGGGCUUCGCUGGCCUGCUGCUGCUGUGCGUCACCACCCGCAACGUCCGCGAUCCGCCAGCCUUCGAGUAUGGCAUUGUCUUCGGAGCUGGCUCCUCGCACACGUCCAUGUUCAUUUAUAAGUGGCCUGCGGACAAAGACUCCAUGGGCGUCGUGGGACAGCCCAGCUCCUGCGAUGUUCAAGGUGGGGGCCUCUCCAGCUACCCAGAGGGCCCUUCUGGGGCUGGCCAGAGUCUUGCUGAGUGCCUGGAGCAGGCACUUCGGGACGUGCCCAGGGGGAGCCGCAUGGGCACGCCCCUCUACCUGGGAGCCACGGUGGGCAUGUGCCCCAUGGACCUGUCCAGUCCAGAAGCCUCUGCCAGCGUGUCUGCCAGAGUGUUUGCCGCCGUGAUGCGGAUGCUGGCCCAGUACCCCUUUGACUUCCAGGGCACACGCACCCUCUCCGGCCAGGAUGAGGGGGUGUUUGGCUGGGUGACAGCCAACUACCUGCUGGAGAAUUUCAUCAAGUGCGACUGGGUGGGCCGCUGGUUUCGGCCAAAGAAGGGGACACUGGGGGCCAUGGACCUGGGAGGGGCCUCCACCAUUGAGAUGGCCAGUGCGGCUGAGGCUCAGGCCAACGAAGUCCAGCUGAGGCUCUAAGGCCAGCACUACCGAGUCUACACCCACAGCUUCCUCUGCUAUGGCUGAGACCAGGUCCUUCAGAGGCUGCUAGCCAGUGCCCACAAGACCCACGGCUUCCACCCUUGCUGGCCAAGGGGCUACUCCGCUCCAGUGCUGCCCCUGGAUGUGUUCCAGUCGUCAUGCACCGCGACCCAGCGGCCUCUGCUCCUGCUCUUCGCCGCUCUGCUGCUGGUGGCGCUGGUCCUGCUGCUGCGCCAGGUCCCCUCCAAGUCGCGGAGCACCAUCUAG